AUGUUGUUCUUCGCAUUGCUUUUCGGCCUCGUUGCCGGCCAAGAUGAUGCCAUCACCAGCGAGCAAUGGCUCAUCACUCUCAACACGACCAUCUUCUGGCCAACCUCCACUAAUUACUACUACGGUCCUACAACUGGCCCUAAAGCUUCUGUGGUCUCCUGCAACGCCGAGUGGGUUGAGUGGGCCGGCCGUUCCAGCGGCCUGUGGUCUCUAGGACCAACUUCGUCUAGCACUUCUCUGGGAUCCUAUGCAACGAGCGAGGGCGCCUGCCGCACGUCCGUCUCACUCGAAGCAUGGUCCGACACACACACCGGAUCUCUGACAACUCUGUGCGAUGGCGUGCCCCGUGCCCUCGGCCCCCGCGAAACCGUCACACGGUACUACCCGGGCGACGGCGAAUGCGUGACCAGCUACAGCACAUUCACCGAAACCGAAACAUUCUACCGCGAGCCCCCUCCGCCCUCACCAACCUGCCUGCUGGAAACAACCGACUGCAUCACAAUCUGGCAAACCUACUCCAGCCUCUCGAGCGCAUACCGCAGCGCAAACCCGACUACCACACCCGGCGACACCAACAGCCCAAUCCCACCCUACGACUGCCCGACCCCGGCGCGCGAGUACCCCGAGGAAAACCCGUGCUCGAACUGCCACUUCCUCCCUGGGACAGCAACACUCUUCUACUGGCCCGUGACCACCGCCAACGGCGACCUCUGCCUGCAGAACGGAACGACCGUCCCAGCGACGGGACCCAGCACGGCAAUCGUCGACGGCGCAACCUUCGUCUCGCCAACUGCCUACCUCUCCUUCACGACAAUCUACGCCUGGAGCAACCGGCGCGGCCACGCGGGGUUUCAAUGUGGCGUCGACCACUUCGACCAGGUCAUCAGCCUGGAUCCUUCAACCCUCUCAUCCGUCCGCCACCACCGCAACGCGAAAUACCCAACUUACGGGACCGCAUACCCCUUCAACUUCGCCGAGUUCAUGCCACAGGAAAUCGGCGAAUACACACAGUCUCUAAUCCCCUGGCCGCAGUUCCGCGGAGGCCAGCAGUGCCCGCUAAACGGCGACGACACGUGCACGAUUAUCCGCGACGAUUAUACGCCGUGGCUCCUGCUCCCCGAGGAAGUUAGGCAGAUUGAUCCGGGCUGGACGGUUUGCGAUCGCGAUUGGUAUAUCCCGCCUGUGACGAUGGUUGCGCUAGAUGCGGAGACGGUUACGGUUACGCAGACUGCUGUCCCGACGGAGGAGGCGUUUUUCGCAGAGGCUGUACCGCAGGGGGGUGUUGCGGCUGAGACGCCGGAGCCUACGAGGGGGUGGUAG